CUCACCAUGUCAUUCCGUGAUCCCUGGCCCACGAUGCCUGAUGGCCACGACUUUGAUGGCCAGAAUUUGCUCACCCUAGUCCGUCAUGGCAACAGCCCGUUCCAUGACAAGUGGGACGUAAACCUGCUUAUUCGCGAAAUCGAGGAGAAUCUCUGUGCCCAGGUGAUUGACAUUCCGUACGUUUCCGGCGGCUCUAACAACUAUGGAAUUCACCUCAAGUUGAGCAAUGGAAUGGACGUCGUAGCACGCCUAGCACGCGGCGAUGUCAACAUGCCUGAUUAUGACGGUUUCCCGAUUCACGUGCAAGUUCCCGAGGUUAAGUUUGAGAGCGAGGUGUAUGAGCUCCUGCGAUCGGAGCCGGAUAUCGUGGCCUCUCAUUUGCUUUAUUACCGCCUCCCCGUGCAGCAUGAGGGCCCUAGGCUUGAUCGUCCCAAAGACAUUGCAGGCCGGCGCUUGCUUGUGUUCCGGAGAGCUGAAGGGGAGAAUAAUGUGUGGGAUACUCUCGACCCGGCUCAGAAGUCCUGCCUCCUUUCUCAGGCAGCUCACAUUCGCGCAUCGCUGUACAAAUUCCAAAUACCGCCCGCGUUCGCUUCAGCCUGGCUCCGUGCACGCCUUUUUGAGCAGAAGCCGGAGUUGUUCCCCAUUCCCGUUGCUCCCACCCGCGAGUUCUGCGUUGCCCUCUUCACCUCCAAGAUCGAAGCAACCAUCAAGGGCAUUGGUGACAUGAUUGGGUGGGAAGAUGACCAUAACACGGUCGGUCCAGUUGCCGCAGCAGCAAAGCAGUCCCUCCUUCGCCUCAUCCCGCACAUAAUGCCUGCGGGUGACGAUGAGAAGGUUUUAUACCGCUUCGUCCUUGAGCACGACGACUUUGGCAUCCACAACAUGUUGACUGCAAUGGAUGCGAACAGCCAGCCUCUUGCGACGUCCUUGUUCGACUGGGAGACUGGAUGCAUUGUACCAGCUAUUCUGUCCGACCCGUCAAUGGCGGUGACUGCCGACUUGGUGGUUGGUGAAGAUGCGGAGCCCGCUUUGAGACGCUUGUCUCGCACCGUAACCGUGGACGAAAUGGCGCAAAUGGUGACAUGGCCAAGGCAAUACUUCGAGGCCCUCUUUCUCGAUGCACCGGACUACAAGCGCGCUAUCCGGGCGGGAAAGGACGCGCGCCACCUCUGGUUCGCACUUCGAGACUGGCGGGGCGAAGUCCCAGAGGACUACUUCGGCAAUCUGGGAAUCUGGGCCGAGAAAAGGCUGAAGGAGCUUGGUGUGAGCCAAGGAGACGACUAAUGCCGUGCAGACCGUAGGUGUCAGUGGCCAGCUUCUCAGUUCAGGGGCAAUCAAUAAGUCAUUUUUAGUCACUGAGCUUCAACGUUGUUCAUGGAUCAAUUUUACCCUGGGGUCGACCAAGUUCUGUUUGCUGACUUCUCGGCCUGCUGCGGCGAGGAGCAUGUGUUUCCGUCUUCCACUUCCCUUCGCCGCCCGUGCGCCAAAGGCAAGACGCCAAUGUUAAGGUGGCUUCAGUUGUUUCUCCCGAGGUAAACCUGGGAUUUGCAUAGGGCCGACCCGUGUUGUCAAACCCCGUUAAACCA